AUGUCCGCCGUCCCCCCCACCCCGGGCCCCGAGGACGCCGACUUCCGGCGCCUGAUGGACCUGGCGCACGGCUUCAUGGCCUCCCAGGUGGGGUGGGCGCUGGCGUUCACCGCCUGCGACCUCGGCGUCUUCGAGGCCCUGGCCCCGGAUUUCGACCUCUCGGACGCGCUCGACGACCCCAAGAAGCCGCUCCCGACCCCGAAGAAGCCCUCGGGAGGCGGGGCCGGCGACGACCUGGACCUGAGCGACGCCCUGGGCGGACACGACCCGCAGCCGCCGCCGCCCCGGCCGCCGCCCCCGCGACCCCGCGACCCCCAGAAGCCGGACCCGAAGCCCGCGGGAGGCGACUUCUCCAACUCGGACCUCGAGGAUGCGGCCGGGGGACGCGGCCCCGGCCGCGGCGGCGAGGGACCCCGCAGCGAGGAGCCGGACCCCGAAGGUACCGNNCCCGGCCUGGUCCCCGGCCUCGUGGCCGCCGCGCUGGCCGCGCUCGCGGGCGGCGUCUCCAGCUUCGUGGCCUACCAGAAGCGGCGGCUCUGCUUCCGGGACGCGGGCCCCGCCCCCGUGUAGGCCCCGCCCACCCUCGGACCCGCCGGACCCCGCCCCGUGACGUCAGAGGACCUCUCGGCCUCCCCGGCCAACCCCCUGCCUCGGCGCGGGCGCCUUCGACCUGGCCCCGCCCCAGCUGCCCAUCACCGCGCGGGGGGCGGGA